AGAUCCUCUAAUAUGAUCUUGUAUUUAGUAUUGGUAUGUUUUAAUGAGUAUCUUCCUCUUCAUAUGAAGAAUGCCUUUUGCAUGUUUAUCUGUAAAAAAUGCUACAAACAUUUAGUUGUGAUCUGAGAAAUAAUUUGGAUGGUCAGAUGAGCAUAGAUGCACAAAAUAUUGCUGCCCGGCUAAGUGCUUCUGGUAUCUUCCGAACUCAAGGCCUGAUAGGAGGAAAAUGGUCUGACGCAUAUGAUGGAAGUACCAUAAAGGUCCACAACCCCGCCACUGGUGAAGUUAUAGCAAAUGUACCUUGCAUGGGUAAAAGAGAAACAAGUGAUGCAAUAUCUUCUGCAUAUGACGCAUUCAGUUCAUGGAGCAAACUAACUGCGAGCGAAAGGAGUAGAUGUCUACGGAAAUGGUAA